AUUUAUGAAAAAUCCUAACUUUAUUCAGUGAGAAAAAUGCCAUGUCAAUUUUUAAUACAUUUUAAUAAAUUAGUGAUGGCAUAAUAUUUGGCACCUCUAAUCUCAUUGAAAUAAAUUUAACCCAAGCUUUAAAGUUAAUUCAAGUGCUUAAAAACGUCUCACUAGUAAUUAAUGGGGGGUGGAAAAAGUGGCUCACAAAAGGGAAAUAAUAAAAAUAAUUAUAACAAUCUGUGCAAUAAAGCAAAAAUACACACCCGCCUUCACUUUAGGCAGCAGUUAAAAUUAGCAUGAAAUAUUCAGUUUGGAUAAAAAUAAUUACCAUUCUACAAAGCUAUUUAGGAAAAAACAUGCUUCUAAGAUAAAUAAACCUCCAGCAGAACCAGACUCAGAGAAACGUUUCUCUGUCUCUCUGACUUGUUGACUUCCUCUGUAGCCGGUUGAUCCAAUCAGGCUCGUUAAGAUGAUAUGUACCUUUUAAAAACAACUCACCGAAACUCCAGAUGUUAACUUAUCUCACAGCCCACACGUAUAUUUACACAUGUAUUCCUCCUACACAAGAGGGCACCCGUUAACGAGUCCAUACUCGGCUUUUCUUUUGCCAGGUUGGGUUUCACUCUAGAAACAGACUCCCAUACUUCAGUGACACUCAUUCUCUCCAAGACAAAAGGGAGGGUCAACUACCAUAACAAUAGUUGCCUCCUCAAGGCGCCCCAGUCACGAUUCAAAGCGUGUUCUCCCAUAAAUAUCACAUUAAGAGGUAAAGAGCUGCCCUUUUUCUGAGCACUGUAAGUUUAGCUCAAGCAUUUCUGCAACGCAAAGAAUUUUAAUGGUAUGGUAUUGAGUCUUAAAAAAAGACAAGCAGACUCCCAGGCAUCCAGAAAUGUUUGUGGGAUCUCUGCCUCUGUCUAACAUGUGGUUCAUGAGAAGGGGUUGUUUUCUUAGGACUUUUACCAGAGGGCUGGGGUUGGGUGAAGUAAGUGGGCUGGCUACUCGUCUUACUGAAUGACAAAAGGAAAAAAAAAAAAAAAGAAGAAAGGAAAGAGGGCAGAGUCAUGCUUUGGGAAGCCUUUUCUAUUUAAAUUUAUAGGUUCUCUACAAACACACCCACAUGUGGACAUACAUUCGUAAACAGCAGAGGCUAGCAGACAAAGUCAGGAUGUGACAUCAUCCACAGGAAGAAAAACCAAACAGUUUUUCUUUAUGCUUUUCUGUGUUGCCCGUGCUGCUGAGCAAAGUAAGAGCUCCACUGCCGGUUGACCGUCGGAGAGGCAGGUUUGAGAGGAGCCAGAGAGGGAACAGCUGGCUCUGACUUCCACAGGGAGCAUAAUCCUCUCUGAACGACUUUCCGCCACAUCCCAAACUCUCCGCCGAGGGAUUUCAGUGAGAAAAAGUUUCAGCUGGAAAUCUUCACAUGACAGACACUGACCCCUGGUAACCUGAACCACGCUGCUCCCUCUCAUUCACUCAGGAGGCUCAGCUUUAUCAAACUCAAACUUAUUCUUCAUUGUGGAGACCCUAAUCUCCCCUUAUCUCGGGGGAAGCGGCUGAGCCAAUGGCGCUGUGUCUCGGACAAGUGUUCAGCAAAGCCAAAACGUUCAGGCCAAGGAAGCGCUUUGAGCCCGGCACGCAGCGCUUCGAACUCUACAAGAAGGCCCAGGCCUCGCUCAAGUCGGGCCUGGACCUGAGGAAGGUGGUACAGCUGCCCGAGGGGGAGAACCUCAACGACUGGAUCGCGGUUCACGUGGUGGACUUCUUCAACAGGAUCAACCUGAUCUAUGGCACAGUCAGCGAGUACUGCAGCGAGCGCACGUGCCCCAUCAUGUCCGGGGGCCUGAAGUACGAGUACAGAUGGCAGGAUGGCGAGGACUACAAGAAGCCCACCAAGCUGCCUGCCAUCAAGUACAUGAACCUGCUGAUGGACUGGAUAGAGUCUCUAAUCAACAAUGAGGACAUCUUCCCCACCAGAGUAGGUGUACCAUUUCCUAAGAACUUCCAGCAAGUAUGCAAGAAGAUCCUGAGCCGUCUCUUCAGGGUGUUUGUGCAUGUUUACAUCCAUCACUUUGACAGCAUCUGCAGCAUGGGCGCUGAGGCCCACAUCAACACCUGCUACAAACACUACUACUACUUCAUCUCAGAGUUCAGUCUCAUCGAUAACUCUGAACUGGAGCCUCUGAGGGAGAUGACAGAGAAGAUAUGUACUUGACGAGAAGCACAUGGACAGAGGAGUUUACACUAUGACGUUAUCUGAGCCCCCGGAGAGAACAUCAUCUGUAAAACAUUCUAAACGUUGGACAGUUUCAUGGAUUUUACUCACCUUUCCCUCGCCCUUGGAGAGAGAUGCUGCAUCUUCAGAGACAGUGCACGUUUUGAGGUGCUAUAUCUUCAUACUUCUGUGUCCACCUUUGGCAAAACGCCACUUCUUUUUUCCUUGCAUUUUAUGUGGUUUUGCUUCAAGUUUAAGUUUUUAUGUGUUGUGCUUGACAUAUGAACGUUUUUGGUUAUAAAUGUUUUUAUUAAACGUC